AUGAAGAAACCAAUGAUGGAGAAAUUGCGCCGAAAGCGAAUCAACGAUUCGCUUCUUUAUCUCAAAGAGUUCCUCCUCAACGUCUCACCGCAGCAAAGUUCGAAGCUGGAGAAGGCGGAUAUCUUGGAGUGGACGGUGCGAUACCUUGAAGAACAACGCGGAAACACCUCGGCAGCUAGCGAUGCGGCUGCUGUGUACCGAAGUGGUCGCGAAGAAGGAUUCGCACGUGGAUUCGCACAUGCUUCUCAAGCUGUUUUCUCGUACUUACAAAUCGCCAUGCCGCACGACUUUAAUCCUCAAGCACAGCAAUUCCAUCUCGGACUAGUGCAUCAUCUAAAUACUGCAUUGCCAUCAAGGUCCGGAUUAUCGACAUUAUCUCGUAUUCCCGAGCAACUUAAAUGGGCACCAGGCACACCGCCAGCAUCCGACACGUCGUCGAGCGAGUCACCUGAGCCGACAGAAAUGCCAGCGCAAGCGGGCCGAUCCAAAAAACCACCUGACAGGUCCAUACCUCUCCCAGAGAAAGGAGAUCACUGUCACGAGCCACCGUCGAAAAAGGUCUGGCAACCGUGGCAAUGA